AUGCCGAAGCCACGAAGAACUGUUGCAAGAGAGGAAAAUGUUUUAAUCGUCGACGAGAAAAGCUACAAUCAGAAAGAACAGAAAGAGAAUCACGACAGAGAUUUGCCAAAGCUAACCGAUGAGCAGAAGAAAGUGUAUGACGAGAUUGUUGGUGCUGUUUUAGAGAGAACUGGAGGUGUGUUUUUUCUAUUUGGAUUCGGUGGAACAGGAAAAACUUUUCUAUGGAAAAUAUUGUCAUCGGCAAUAAGAUGUCGGGGAGAGAUAGUUCUCAACGUUGCUUCAAGCGGUAUAGCAAGUCUUUUGUUACAGGGAGGGAGAACGGCUCAUUCCAGGUUUGGAAUACCAAUAAAUCCUCAUGAAACAUCAACAUGCAACAUGGAAAAAGGUGGAGAUCUCGCAAAUCUGGUGAAAGAAGCUUCUCUGAUUAUAUGGGAUGAAGCUCCGAUGAUGCAUAAGCAUUGUUUUGUGUCUUUGGAUCGCUCACUGUCUCAUAUUGUUGGUAAUGAAGAUGGGAAACCUUUUGGUGAAAAGGUUGUCUUUGGAGAUGAUUUUCGACAGGUUCUUCCUGUGAUUCAUGGAGCCGGUAGAGCAGAGGUUGUAUGCUCUGCUCUGAACUCAUCUUAUCUCUGGAAGCACUGCAAGAUAGAAGAACCUAACGAUGGAGAAGCUGAAAUAAAUAUUCCGGAAGAGUUUUUAAUAACUGAUGCAGAGGAACCUAUCGAAGCCAUAAGCAGAGAAAUAUAUGGAGAUGCUUCUGAUCUACAGGACAAUACAGAUCCCUUAUUUUUCCAAGGCAGAGCUAUUCUCUGUCCCACUAACGAAGAUGUCAACAUGAUCAAUGAAUACAUGCUCGAUAAGCUGAAUGGGGAGGAGAGAAUCUAUCUAAGCUCUGAUACAAUAGAUCCUUGUGACACAGCCGCUAUUAACGACGAGGCUCUAAGCACGGAAUUCCUAAACAGCAUAAGAGUAGCUGGUUUACCUAAUCACGCUUUGCGACUGAAGGUUGGCUGUCCAGUUAUGUUGCUCAGAAAUAUUGAUCCCAUAGGAGGUCUAAUGAACGGAACGAGAUUGCAGAUAACUCAAUUAGCUGAUUUUAUGGUUGAAGCUAAAGUUAUAACAGGAGAUAAGGUCGGUGUGAAGGUUAUUAUUCCUAGGCUUUUGAUUACUCCAUCGGACACCCUACUUCCUUUCAAGAUGAGGAGAAGACAACUUCCUUUAGCUGUUGCAUUCGCAAUAACCAUCAACAAGAGCCAGGGUCAGUCUUUAUCACAGGUUGGGAUAUUCUUGCCAAGGCCUGUUUUCUCUCAUGGACAGCUUUACGUCGCAAUUUCCAGGGUAACCUCCAAGAAGGGAUUGAAGAUCUUGAUCGUCGACAGCGAAGGGAAGCCGCAGAGGAGAACAACCAAUGUUGUUUUCAAAGAGGGUUGUGGAGCUAUCUCCUCAGAGGACGAUUGGAUCAUAAGAGUGAAGGUCUUGAAGAAAUGGACCGAGAUGAUAGAUGGUGGUGGAGAAAUAUUGCGUUUUCAGUUAGUUGAUGAACAUGAUGGAAAAAUACCUGCUAAAGUUAGUGAUGAGGAUGGCCUAUAUGACCAUUUCGACAUGAAUGUGCACGAGGGCCACUGGAAACUAAUCUCCGGAUUCGUCGUCGAGCUAACACCACCUGAGGAACUUUUCUCCGAGAAUCAACAUACAAUCGUCUUCACCGACAAUACACCUGCAUGCAGCAAGUGGUAUUCAUCAAGAGCACUAUAUGAAUUUCAAGGACUACACAGACAUAAAGAAUUGGGUGUACAACUCUCAUCAUCCUCUUGGUAA